AUGAUAUUCUUUUACAGUAAAAGGUGUGAUAUAGACAGCUGCCGUGGCUGCGGCGACGGCGGCGGCGGUAGUGGCGGCGAUAGAGGCGGUGACAGCGGCGGUAGCAGCAGCAUCGGCAGUAGCAGCUGCAGCGAUGGCCGUGGCGGCAGCGGCGGCAGUGGAGGCAGCGGCAGCAGCGGGGGUCGUGGCGGCAGCGGCUGCAGUUUUCCAUCUGAUGCUGUUAACAUUGCUUCUAAUGUUGUUGAUGUCAUUUCUCCCGCCGUAAUUGUUGUCAUUACUGCUAUCAACACUAUCAUUGCUGGUGUUGUUAUUACCGCUGUCAUCAUUGUUGUCAUUGCUACUAAUGUUGUUAUUACUUACGUUAUCGUUGUUGUUGAUGUUGCAACAUCUCCAGCGCUUUCUUGA